UCUGCUACUACAAAGCCUUUUACCCAAAAGGCUGCUGUUACAGGAAAUAACUUUCAUUCUCCUUCCUCCUUCCUGAUACCACAGUCUUCAGAAAAAGAGGAUCUGCGUCUCGAAAUCAGAAUAAAAAUCAGGCAGGCCUUAGCCAGAGAGGCUGGCCUCGGUCCCUGGGAGCCAUUGCACUAGACCUUCUCUCCCUGUCAUCUUCCAGAAACAACCUGCAGUCUCAGAGGUAGAAGAUGCCCCACUCUAGCCUGCACCCAUCCAUCCCGCGGCCCAGGGGGACCAGGACCCAGAAGGCAGCCUUUGUCCUGUUCGCCGUCUGCCUGGCAGCCCUUUGGGGGCUGGGGGAGCCACCAGAACACAUUCUCCAAUGGCUGGUGCUCCACCUGGCCUCCCUGCAGCUGGGACUGCUCUUCAAGGGGGUCUGCCAUCUGACUGAGGAGCUGUGCCACCUCCAUUCCAGGUACCAGGGCAGCUCCUGGAGGGCUAUGCGCGCUUGCCUGGGCUGCCCCAUUCGCUGUGGGGCCCUGCUGCUGCUGUCCUGCUAUUUCUAUGGCUCCCUCCCAAACCCAGCUGGCCGGCCCUUCCCUUGGACGCUUGCGCUCUUGGGCCUCUCGCAGGCACUGAACAUCCUCCUGGAGCUCCAGAGAAGGGAGCAAGCUGGAACUGGUUGGGAAAACUUCUUGAGGAGGAGGGCCCUGAUUAUCCUUCAUGGAGGCUCCCCAGGCCCACCCUGCUGUCUACAGGCCCUAGCCCCAGCUGAGGUCUCUGCAGUCUGUGAAAAAAGGAACUUCAACGUGGCCCAUGGGCUGGCAUGGUCAUAUUACAUUGGGUACCUGCGGCUGAUCCUGCCAGGGCUCCCAACCCGGAUACGCAUGUACAAUCAGCUGCAGACCAACAUGCUACGGGGCAUACGGAGCCAUCGGCUGCACAUUCUCUUCCCUUUGGACUGUGGGGUGCCUGAUGACCUGAGUGUGGCCGACUCCAACAUUCGCUUCCUCUAUCAGCUGCCCCAGCAAAGUGCCGACCGUGCUGGCAUCAAGGGCCGGGUUUACACCAACAGCGUCUAUGAGCUUCUGGAAAACGGGAAACCGGUGGGCAUCUGUGUCCUGGAGUACGCCACCCCCUUGCAGACGCUUUUUGCCAUGUCCCAGGAUGGCCGAGCUGGCUUUAGCCAGCAGGAUCGGCUGGAGCAGGCCAAACUCUUCUGCCGGAUACUGGAAGACAUCCUGGCAGAUGCCCCUGAGUCGCAGAACAACUGCCGCCUCAUUGUCUACUCGGAACCUGCAGAGGGAAGCAGCUUCUCCCUGUCCCAAGAGAUUCUCCAGCACUUGCGGCAGGAGGAAAGAGAGGUCACUAUGGGCAGCCUGGACACCUCGAUUGUACCCAGUUCCUCCACGCUGUCCCAGGAGCCCAAGCUCCUCAUCAGUGGCUUGGAACAGCCUCUCCCACUCCGCACGGAUAUCUCCUGAGGCUCAGGAUUUGCUGGCCUGAACCCCCAGUGCUCCCCAAGACUCUGGAUCCACAAGACUGUUGAUUAAAGGGCUUUCUUCAGCAGCUGGAUGCCCAGCAGAACCACUUCCUCCCACAGGGAGUCUCUCAGAGAAGGUCCUUGAACUUAACAUCUCAAGAUGACCUUAGGCAAGUUGUUUUGCCUCUCUGAACCUCAGUGUCAUCAUCUAUGAAAUGGGAUUACAAUUACUGUCUUCCCUACCUCACAGGGUUUUUGUGAGGAUUAUGACUGUAUGGAACAUCUUUGUAAACUCUAAAUGCCAGGUAAACUUAAGGGAUGUGUUGGGUGUGUCUUCCAUUGGACCCUCCAGGCUGACUCUCUACCCCUCUCUGCCUCCUCUGCCCUGGGAUGGCAUCAACAGGCUCCCUUGCUCUCUGAAUUCUGGUCAUGUUCAGUCCACGGGAAGCCCCAGUAGAAGAAUAGAGGGAAGGAGGGGGGUGAGGUUGGGGUAGUUAUUCCCCCAGAUCCUUCCCUGCAGUACCAACGUCACUGUGGGCUCUCUGCACCUCCGACCUAAAGUCAUGGUUCUGCCGUGUUCUCCGUUAUCUCUCCCCAGGUUCCAUUACCCAUCCCUUCCCCAUGCUGCUGAGACCUAGCGAUGGUCCUGGUUUCCUGCUAAUGUCCCCUCUGGAGCACUCACUCUCACUUGUGGUUUCCUUAUACCUGCCCUUUCUAAACAGCUCCUCCUUUUCUUUUUAAUUUUUUUUUCAGAGAGUACAUGCAUGGGUGUAUGUGGGGGAGGCUGACCCUGAGAUCAUGACCUGAGCUGAAAUCAAGAAUCAGAUGCUCAACCAACUGAGCCACCCAGGCGCCCCAAAACAGCCCCCUUUUUCAACACUGCUCAGAUGACCUAGUUGAGUGUGCCAUCUUUCUCUGGCUGGACUCUGACUGACACAAGUGAUUGGCAUUUAUUAUCUGAAAUGUCCAGGGCGCCUGGGUGGCUCAGUUGGUUAAGCGACUGCCUUCGGCUCAGGUCAUGAUCCUGGAGUCCCGGGAUCGAGUCCCGCAUCGGGCUCCCUGCUCGGCAGGGAGUC